AACCCACACAAACCAGACAUGCACAUUGCUAGCUUGCAGCUGAAAAUGAAGACGCAGCACGGCUCGGUGUUAGCAUGGCCAGCCAUGUUGCUUGUUGCAGUUGGGCUAGGGAUCGUGAGCGCACAGCCGCGCUACUCGCCGGACACCUACCCCAAUCCGAUGGUCGACACAUACAAGUGCGGACGCAAAGGCGUGAGCAGCUGGGUGUGUGACCCCGACGGAAUCUUGACCUACGAGUCAGCGAACGUUGUAGAGGGCGUGAUAAAAAAGAUUUUUGAGGGCGAGACUCCCUACGUGAGGACUUACUGUGGCGCGAGCGGCCAGAUUGGCUACCAGGUUGCGGUGGCGCUCAUGCGGCAGAUGCGCACAACAGGCGACCCGGCCGAGUAUGCGGAAACAUUCGCUCGCUCACUGCACGACCGCUGGGGCGUGGGCUCAAGCGAGUGCAACAACGGCGUAUUGUUCUUCCUAUCGCUCAACGACCGCCAGCUCUACAUUUCCACGGGCGCCGGGGCCAAGCACGCGUUGAGCUUCGACGUACUUGGCGAUAUAAUUUCCGACAUCCGCCCGGUCCUGCGUGAGGGCAGGUUCGGAGAUGCCGUGGAGCGCGGUGUGGUCAACAUUGGGCUGGCGCUGGCGGGGCGGCCCGUGGAGCCGGGCGCCAACGCUAAGCCUUGGAGCUGGGAUGACGCACUGGGUCUGGGCAUAUUCGCAUCCAUAGUAGGAGGCCUCAUCUAUUUCAGCAGCCGCUCCGCGCGCCGCCAGCAGCGCCGCUACUCGGACUGCAAGAGCAAGCUGGACAAGCUGAAGCGCGACCAGGCCGCCCUCCGCGCCAACUCCUACAACCCCACCUCCUGCCCCGUGUGUCUGGAGGACUUCGCAACUGACCUCGACACAGCGCAGCGCGCGGCGGAGGGCGCGAGCGCCCCCAGCGCCGCCGCCGCCGCCGCCGCCGACAGGGCGGCUGGGGCAUCAGGCGCCGCGGGGGCGGGAACUAGUGGCGGCGCCGCCGGCGCCGGCAGCGGAGGUGCGGCGGGGGCGGGCCUGAGCCACCAGCGAUCUGGGUCGGCGGGCGCGGUGGCGGCGGCGGCGGGUAUGGACGUUCCGCUGCAAGAGGUCGGGAGCUUCAGCAGUGCCGCUGGCGCUAGCUGGGGCGGGGAGGCCAGGGGCCUCUCCGGCGAGGCUGCGGCUGCUGGGCAGGACGGCAGCAGCAAGGGACCGCAGGCGCUGCUGGGGAAGAGGGCGGCUGCGGAUGCCGAGGACCGCGAACUGAAGGAGCCGUUGAUGUCGCCGCGUACCGAUGCAGGGUCCUCUGGCACCGGCAGCGCGGCGGCGGCGGCGGCGGCAGCUGCCGGUGGAGCGGCGGCGGCGGCGGCGGCGGCUGGCGGCGCGGCGGCGGCUCCGGCUGAGCGGCGGCCGCUGGUGCUGCCGUGCGGACACGCCUUCUGUGAGCCGUGCAUCAAAGCUUGGCUGGACCAGAAGAAGGUCAGCUGCCCCAUCUGCCGCCGUCCCAUCGACGAAGAGGACACGACAGACCCCAACGCGCCUCCCGGCCAGGGGCCGCAGGCGCGCCGCCCGCCCGGCACCAGCACCACGCCGCGCGACCCCAACGCGCCCGGCGGAGGCGGCGGCCCGUCCGGCUCCUCCGGCCCCCGGCCGCCUUGCAGCGUGGACGACGGCUUCUACGACCCGCACGCCCAGCCCACCUCCAUGUUUGACACGCCCAACGCCCACAUGUACGACGACCCCAACGUCCCCCACCACUUCCACCACAUGCACGGACCCGGAAUGGGCAUGGGCAUGGGAGACCCCUACGCCGGCGGCUCCGCCGGCAUCCUGCCGCGCCUGCGGCUGCGCUGGGGCGCGCGGCGGCGCUUCGGCGCCGGCGUCGGUUUCGGCGGCGGCCCGUUCGGCGGCGUCGGUUACGGCGUCGGUUACGGCCCGUACGGCUACGGCGGUCGCAUGAACGAGGAGAUGCUCAUGACUGAGAUGCUGUUCCGGCUGCGGCAGCUGCAGCGGCAGCACCCGGACUUUGUGAGCGGCCAGAUGCUGCAGCAGUGGGAGCAAGACCUGCGCCAAGGCCGCGAGUUCAACAGCGAGCAGCUGCGGCAGUUCCAGCUGCGUGAUCCCGCCACACGCGCCCAGCUGGAGAGCAGCGGCCGCAGCGGCGCGCGCGUCAACUUUGGCGGCGGCAGCAGCCGCGGCGGCGGCGGCCGCGGCGGCAGCUGGUAGGCAUGAAGGGAUGAGUAAGGAAGGGCGGGAGAUGGAUGCAUGCGGCUGUGUGGCGGGCGCGGGUGCUUGGCGACGGCAGCUGGGUCUGGCGAGGCAGGGCUGUUGAUGGGGAUGGUGGGAUACUGGCGACGAGUGAGGGUACUAGUAUUGUAGGUGGGAUGUAUCCUCUUGCAGGCAUCGUUAUAUGCCGUACUGUAAGGUGAGGUGUUC